UCUGUUAAGAUCUGAAAGAUCGCGCUGAAGGAAGUUCUCCGACGCGUGAUGGUGAGAUGAUGAGCAGUCUUUUACUCCGUGUCUUCAUCCUCCAGGAAACACCAUCUGCAAGAAAGAUGAGGGUAUUUCAUCAAUCCGGAGUUCCAUGUGUCAGUAUGCGGCUUUGAGAUCCUUCAAGGAAGACUGAUCAUGGAUUUGGUGUACAACAAUUAUAACGAAACAGAUAAUACCACUGUUUUGCUCCGCAACUUAUACAUUCCAUCAUGGGAGGACUUCAACAGCAGCGUAAAUGACGUCCGCUACUUCCUCAUAGGACUGUACACGACAGUGAGCGUCUUGGGACUUCUGGGAAACAUCCUUAUAUUAACUGCUCUUGCAAAGAAAUGGAAAGAGAAGACAAUCAUCAAUUUUCUCGUGGGUCACCUUGCAUUUUCAGACAUCUUGGUAGUUUUGUUUUGCUCACCAUUUACUCUGACCUGCGUGCUGAUGGACCAUUGGAUCUUUGGUGAAGCCAUGUGUCACAUCGUCCCAUUCCUGCAAUGUGUGUCCGUUGUCGUCUCAACACUGGUCCUCAUGUCUAUAGCGAUGGUUCGGUAUCACAUGAUAAGUCAUCCGCUGUCCACGCAGUUGUCAGUGAAUGCCGGAUAUGUCCUUCUAGUCGUCAUUUGGACCCUUGGCCUGUCCAUUUGCUCACCCUUGCCAGUGUUCCACACCACGGUGAACCUGAGCGAGAGGUUCCACCUGGAGUCCCUGCAGAACAAGUCUCUGUGCAUCGAGUCGUGGCCGUCGAGCAGCUACAGGAUCGCAUUCACCAUUGGCCUGCUCUUUGUCCAGUACAUCCUGCCAGUGGCGUGCCUCACAGCUAGCCACGCCAGCGUGUGCAGGAGGGUGAGCGCCAGCGUCCAAGCCCAGCCCCAAGCGCAGGGCGAGGAAAACGAGACAAUCAAGCUGACCCUCCAGCAGCCCGAUGAGAAGGUUCUCCUGCCUGCCCAUUUCUCCAGGCAGGAAAGGUGGAGGCUGACACUGGCCAGGAAGCAGAGGAGGAGGUACAGCAGGAAGGCCUGCGUGGUGGGCCCCGCGGCAUCGAGCCGAGACACGGAUUCACAAGACCAGCCUCCACCCAAAGACCAGCUGAAGACGUCUGCUUUGCUGCUUCCUGCUGUCCCGGUGUGCUUUGAACUAAAAGAGGAUGAUACUGCGGAGCUCCAAAGGAUGCUCACAGUCACCAGAUCCAUCUCCAGAAUGAGGAAGAGAACCAGGAUCGUGUUCAUUAAGCUCACCAUAGUGGUCUUGGCUUUUGCGGUCAGCUGGAUGCCGCUACACAUUUUCCACCUGGUGACCGACUUCAGCGCCACCCUCAUCUCCAGUCGACACUUUAAGCUAAUUUACUGCAUUUGCCAUUUGCUGGGAAUGAUGUCUUGCUGCUUAAACCCUAUUCUGUAUGGAUUCUUAAAUAAUGGAAUCAAAUCUGACUUGUUGUCCUUAAUUAAGUGUUUCUAUAUAUCCUAGUGCCAUUGUA